AUGGCUAAAUGCACAUAUGAUGCUCACAGAAAUAACUCCAUCAACCAGGAGCUACUACUGGAAAUUAAGAAAAUGGAGAAAGAGCUAAAGAAGAGAUAUGAGGAAUACGAGGAGCUGAACCAUAGCUACCGGGAAGUUUACGGUUCCUACAUUGUAAGCAAGACAAACCUGGAUGAGGCGACAAAUAAUUACGAAGGGGAAAUUCUCAAAUUAGAAACUAUGAUAGCGGAAAAGGAAAAUCAGUACUGCGAUUUGCAGGAAAGCUUCCAAGAAUUGCUGGAAGAUAAAUGUAAAUUGGAGGAAGAAGUUGAGAGCUACCAAAAAGCCAUAUACGAGAUGGAGGAAAAUUGUGCAUCGUUAAAGGAGUCUCAUAAGGAGGAACUGAAAGAAAUUCAAGAAGAGAUAUCCAACCUGUCCUCGCAAAUGCACAACAUGAACGAGGAGCUGGAGUUCGCGAAGGAAAGAUGUAGAGAGUUGGAGAGGUUAAAUGAGGAAAAAGCCUCCACCAUUGACACCCUCAAUGAAAAAAUUGACAACUUAAAGGAGGAGAAGAAACUGCUCGGAAUCGACAUGGAGAUUAUAAAAACGCAGCAGCAUAGAAUUCACGAAGAGAUGCAGAUGAUGCACAAGGAGAAGGAGGAGCUAAGUCGAGAAAGGGAAAAACUGUGCAGGGAAAGGGACGAACUGGGCCGAGAAAAAGAGCGCAUGGAAAAAUGCAGGGCGGAGUUACUACAGGAGAAAGAAAUGAUAAAAACGAAUAAAGACCUACUGGGCAAGGAAAAACACAGACAGGAAAACAACAUGAAAAAUAUAAUUAUAAAAUUUAAUGACUUGCAGAAGGAGCUUGAUGAUCUUGCGUCGGACAAUUCGACGAAGGAGUCCUGCUUACGGGAGAGCGAACAGAAGGUGCGCGCGCUGGAGCAGGAGGCCUCCCUGUCCAAGAACAAAAUCGCCACCUUGGACCAGAAGAUGCACGAGUUAAAGAGCGAACUGGCCACCGAGAAGGAGAAGAGUAGCCAGCUGCAGCAAGAUACAGUGAAUAAAACUGGCGAGCUUCUCAAGAGGAACUCUAUUAUUGAGAUUUUAUAUAACAAGCUGAAAGAGAAAGAAAGCGAGUUGGUGCUAUUCCAGAAUGAGAAUUUGUCCCUGAAGAAUCACAAGGAGGAGCUUAGCAAAAUAUGGGACAGCAAGAAGACAGAAAUGAGCAACAUUGAAGUUGAUUUGUAUCAAAAACUUUCCAAAUUAAUCGUUAAGAACAAAAUCCGGGAUAGGGAUGACCUGCGCUUUGAUGGGCAUCCUCAAUCGCUUCUUCUAAAAACGCUGUGGUCCGGCUACGUCGACAUUUGCAAGAGUAUCCUGAAGACAAGAGAUGGGUACCUUUACAGCGGAAACAGAAGCCACCGCUUCAUUUGUGCUUACAACACGGACUUGUUCCUGGAUGUGAAGAAGGACAACGGGAAGAAGUACCUGCUUUCCUACAGAAACGAAACGAGAGGAAUUUUCCACAUCAGUGAAGACGAGGUGAAGAGUCUGGUGUACGUAGGUCCCCUGAGCAAAUGCCGAGGACAGAGUGUUGCCCUAUGCAAGAACAAAAUGAACCUAGAGAUGACCAAGGGACAGAGCUGCAAAUAUGUAUUCGAAGAAAUGUACGUAACGAAAAAAGGAACCCAAAUAGUUCUUAUUAAAGAAAAACAAUCAGGCAUGUAUUUUAGCGGCUUGCACAAAAAUAUGCCACCCCAGGAAAAUGAAAAGAAGAAAAAGACAGGAGUAGAUAAAUCUGAAUACAAUAAUGUGGUGAGCACGCUCAUUGAUUAUAUGACCAAUGAGGAGAAGGAAAAGUCCCACGGCGAUAUCAUUUUAAGGACUUCCAACCAGAAGGUUAAGAUAGAAAAUGAGGGGAAGAAACGAAGUGAAAGAGUGAACAAAACUCGUCUUGUUAAAAACGACAAGGAUAAAUGCAACCAUGGAAAAUCUCCUACAGGAGAAGCCACAGCAAUGGGUAAAAAUGAAAAUAAGACAAAUGGUAAGACUGAAGUGGGGAAGAAAAACGCCAAGUUGGCGUCUCCCUCUUCCGUAACACCAAAAGGGAAUAAAAAGCAAGUACCAAAUGAGCAACAAAUGAGUGAAGAAAAUUUACAUACAUAUAAUAUAGCCAAGGAGAUGUUGCUUCUCCCGGGUAGCCACGACAGCAACGGAUGUGAUGAGAACAAUCGUGAAGACGUUAACCAAGGCAGUGAUGGGGGAGACAGCGCAAGCACAGUGGAUGGCGCCCGUGUACCCCAUUUCCAUUUGAAAAACGAAUACGGAAAUGACACAGAGGAAGAGUCAAAAUGUGUAGAAAAGGAAAAGCAAGUAGUGUCUCCCAUGGGUGGCAAGAACUCUGUUGAGUCAUGUUUAAAACAUCCUAGUGGAGCAUCUGGUAGUGCCACUUCCCUUACCAGCACAGCAGAAUAUAACGACACCAAUAUUGUGCUUACUCUAAACAAGGAGGAGGCCAUUUUGUUCGAAGUUUUUAAUUAUGAGCAGCUAGCCGAGCAUGACGCUGUGCGAUUCGCCUCGGAGUAUGUGUUGCAUUUCCUGUCCAACUGGGAGAAGGGCGCCUACUGCUCCUCGUCCCAAGACGCAUCAUCUACAACGGUGUGCAGCGAGCAGAGCUCUAAUGUGUUUACAUCCCUCGACGGGGAUUGGUGCAUCCUCCCUGCGUACAUGUAA